UCCACUGGAACUACAGCUCCCAGCAUGCCCCGCUCCCCACCACUUUGCGACGAAGCACAUUAAUUCUCCAAAGAGAAAACUCCAGCCCCGCCCCCACGCCGCUGGCCGCGCGACAGCUGGGACCGGCCAGAGGGGCCGCAAUGCCGUCGGGCAGCAUCGAGGUGGAGUCGAAGUUCGAGGCCGGGCCAGACACGGAGGCCAGGCUGGCGGCGCUGGGGGCAGCCCCGGCCGGGAGCUCGUCCUUCCGUGACCUUUACUACGACACCCCCGACCUGCGCCUCACGCGGGCUGACCACUGGCUGCGGCUCCGCCAGGGGGCCGGCUGGGAGCUCAAGUGCCCCCCGGUGCCACACGGAGGAGCCGAAGGGUCCAGCCAUGACCUGGGUGCCGCGUCCCCGGAACCGCCAGAGGGCACCGGAGGGUCCAGCCUUGUCCCGGCUGCCCUGUCCCCGGAGCCGCCAGCAGGGGGCGCCAGAGACUCCAGCCAUGUCCCAGAUGCCCUGUCCCCGGAGCCUCCCGCCAUGGCCACCACCUACCAGGAGCUGACGAGCCCCCGCGCCAUCGUGGGCCGGUUAUGCGGGGUGCUGGGCGUGGCCCCCGUGCCUGGCUGGGACCAGGUGCCUGGGGCCGUGGCUGGGCUGGGCCUGCAGGAGUUUGCCAGCUUCGUGACCCAGCGCCGCAGCUACCGGCUGGGGGGCCUGCGGGUGGACCUGGACCAGGCAGAUUUCGGCUAUGCUGUGGCCGAGGUGGAAGCCCUGGUGGGGGCCCAGGAGGACGUGCCGGUGGCGCUGGAGGAGGUGCUGCAGCUCCGGCGGGCACUGGGGCGGGACGGUGCCACCCGUGUGCCGGGCAAGAUGAGCAUCUACCUCCAGCGGCAUCGCCCCCGGCACUACCAGGAGCUACUCCUGGCGGGGGUGCUGGCCGGGGACCCGCAGCUGCCCCCCCAUGGCGACAACACUUCUGAGCCUGAGAUGCUGGCCACACGGGGCCCCUCCAAAGUCAUGGAACUGGCGGGGGGGCCGGAGGGUGAAAUGGGGCCCCCUAGUGCCGGGGGGGGAUUGGGCACGGACCGGCCCCCUAGUGCCGGGGGGAGAUUGGGCAUGGACCAGCCCCCCCCUCCACAGCACAGUGCCCCCUAGCACUGGGGGGGGAGUGGGCACGGACCGGCCCCCUCCUCCCAGCUGCAGCCCAUCUAAGGAUCCCCCGGUCACAGAACAGGGCUCUAACACCAGAGCGCCAUGGGGCCGGCCCACGGCCGAGCGGCUCCCUGCUCCCUUGGCCUCGGUGGCUCACUGCAGCGUGACCCCCAGUCACACGCCAGCACGCGCCCGGCUUGGCCCCAGGCCCGAGGGCGGAAACAGAGGAAAGCUGCAGCUGUGGGACCCGCCCCCGUUUGAUCCCCUGGGGGAGAGCAUGGACAGCUGCCCCCCCCAAAUUCAACCCAGUUUCGCUAGGAUGAGGCAGCCAGACCGAGGGGGGGAGGGAAGUUCAGACAUGGCAAAGAGCUGGGGGCUAGGGGAGGUGUUAAGGGUUAUGCUGGGCUCCGGUUGCCGAGCAAUGGGAUAGGACGGGGACCCAGCGUCCGUCAGCUCCCUUGGGGGGACCCUUGGCCUAAGUUGCGCAGGCAAUGCUGCAGCACAGCGCCCCCUUGUGGCCGAGCCCCAGCAGCACAGCGCCCCCCUAGUGACCGGCCCGGGGACGGGCCCCAGCAGCACAGAGCCCCCCUAGUGACCGGCCCGGGGACGGGUCCCAGGGCACAGCGCCCCCCUAGUGACCGGCCCGGGGACGGGCCCCAGCAGCACAGAGCCCCCCUAGUGACCGGCCCGGGUCCCAGGGCACAGCGCCCCCCUAGUGACCGGCCAGGCGACGGGCCCCAGGGCGCAGCGCCCCCUAGUGGACACUUGGACCAAGAGACAUGUUCAGGGG